CAAAUUAAAUAAUAAAUCUUAAAAAAGCAAACAACCUGUUGGGAUUGUUGUCUCUCUCUCUCUCACUCUCUCUCUUCCUGUCUCACUCAUGGGAGAAAUAAACUUAAAUUUUUUCCAGAAAAUGGGUGUGCAGUUUAUUUACCCCAGCUCACGGGGAAGGGCUGAAUUUGACCUCCUCCAGAAAGCCAGGAAUAGUUGGAGAAUGCAUCCUUCACCCCUGCUUCAAGGGGACAGAAAAGAACUGAUCCUCAGUGACACCUCUGACAUUUGGCAGGUAGCUCAGGCCUCCAGUCUGUUUCCGAAGCGACAGCAAUUGGCACAAGACACACUGGAAGGGCUGAGGGGGCUGCUCCAUAGUCUGCAAGGGCUUCCUGCAGCUAUCCCUGUUCUUCCCUUGGAGCUGACCGUCUUGUGCAACUUCAUUAUCCUGAAGGCAAGCCUGGCACAACAUUUCACUGAAGACCAGGCCCAAGAUAUCCAACAGGGCCUGGAGAGAGUGCUGGAGACCCAGGAGCAUCCAGAGCCCUGGUUGGAACAGGGGCUCGGGAAGAUGUGGGAUUCUGUCCUCCAUGCUUCCUCCCUUCUGCCGGAGCUGCUCCCUGCCCUGCACCACCUGGCUGGGCUGCAGGCUGCCUUCUGGCUGAGCAAUGACCGUCUUGGAGACCUGGCCUUGCUGCUGCAGACCCUGAAUGGCAGCCAGCGUGGGGCUUCUGAGGAUCUGCUGCUGCUUCUAAAGACUUGGAGCCCUCUGGUUGAAGAAUCGGAUGCCCCACUGACCUUGCAGGAUGCCCGGAACUUAAAGGAUGUCCUUCUGACAGCAUUUGCCUAUCGCCAAGGCCUCCAGGAGCUGAUCAGAGGGAAUCUGCCCAGGGCACUGAGCCACCUCCAUGAAGCAGCCUCAGGUCUGUGUCCACGGCCCGUGUUGGUCCAGGUGUACACAGCGCUGGGGACCUGUCUCCGUAAGAUGGGGAAUCCACAGAGAGCACUGCUGUACUUGGUUGAAGCCUUGAAAGGGGGAUCAGUCUUGGGUCCCCCUCUUCUAGAGGCCUCCAGAUUAUAUCAGCAACUGGAGAACACAACAGCAGAGCUGGAGAGUCUUGAGCUGCUGGUUGAGGCCUUGAGUGUCACCCACAGCUCUAAAGCCCCUCAGCUUCUCAUUGAGGUAGAAUUGCUACUCCCACAACCUGACCCAGCCUCACCCCUUUACUGUGGCUCACAGAGCCAGGCCAAGUACCUGCUAGCAAGCCGAUGCCUACAGAUGGGAAGGGCAGAAAACGCUGCAGAGCAUUACUUGGACCUGCUGGCCCUGUUGGUGGAUAACUCAGAACCAAGGUCCUCCCCACUCCCCGGCCCCCCAGGGCCCUGUAUGCCUGAGGUGUUCCUGGAGGCAGCAGCAGCACUGAUUCAGGCUGGCCGAGCCCAGGAUGCUUUGACUGUAUGUGAAGAGCUUCUCAGCCGCACGUCACCUCUGCUUCCCAAGAUGUCCGGUCUGUGGAACGAUGCCAGAAAAGGAAGCAGGGAACCACCACACUGCCCACUCUGGAUUCCUUCCACCCACCUGCUUCAGGGUCAGGCCUGGGUACAUCUGGGAGCCCACAAAGAAGCAAUUAGUGAAUUUAGCCGGUGCCUUGAGCUGCUCUUCCGGGUCACACCUGAGAACAAAGAAAAAGGGGCAUCUUCCAGCUGUGAGCAGAGGUGUAGGUCAGAUGUGAUCCGGCAACAGCUUCGGGCAGCCGCCCUGAUUAGUCGUGGACUGGAAUGGGUAGCCAGUGGCCAGGAUACCAGAGCCCUGCAGGACUUCCUCCUCAGUCUCCAGAUGUACCCAAGUAAUCAAGAUGCUUCCUUUCACCUGCUUCAGACCCUAAAGAGGCUGGAUCGGAGGGAUGAGGCCAUUGCUCUAUGGCGGAGGCUGGAGGCCCAAACUAAGCUGCCACAGGAAGAUGCUACAUGGUCUCUCCCCCUGUACCUAGAAACCUAUUUGAGUUGGAUCCAUCCGUCUGAUCGUGAAACUCUCCUUGAAGAGUUUCGGACAUCUCUGCUGGAGCCUCAUGACCUGUAGCCAUGUUUCCAAGAGCUUGAGCUGGGCCUUCAGUGGUCCUCUCUAAGUGGGGAAGGCUUUUUGCUUAACCCUCCUUGAGGAAUGUGAUCAGAGCUGACCAGUCCUACAUAACUCCUGCACUGGUCAGGCUGGUGGUAGUCCUGUGAUGUCCUAGUUACUACCAUUCUGGUUCUGAAGGAAGCACUCCCUGCCACCAAGUCAUUGACUUUGUUCAUGGCACCCUUUCCCCCUCCAUUUCCCCUUUUCUUCUGCUGAGUAAAAUCUAAUACUUAUA